CCCACGUUGAAUCCUUUGACUCCGACACACUAUUGAUGUUUCCGUGUUUGUCAUUUUUGCAUGCAUGUGAUUCAUUCAAUACUUUUCAACUUUCAUCACUCUUAUACUAACCCAAUAUUCUAGUAACCUUCGCCGCCGGCAUGCUCGCCGGAGUACUUAUCCGACAUGGGUCACCGCCACCCAUUUUCCUCACUACUCUGUUUUUUCUCUGUCUUUUCACUUUCUCUUACUCAAAUGAACUUCAAUCUCUUAUCAACUUUAAAUCCUCUAUUCAAACUUCUCACACAAACCUUUUCACUUCAUGGAAUCAAUCAAAUUCUCCCUGUAACUUCACCGGAAUUCUCUGCAAUUCCAACGGUUUCGUUUCACAAAUCAAUCUUCCAAACAGAACUCUAAUGGGCACCCUUCCUUUUCAUUCAAUUUGCAACCUUCAAUUUCUUGAGAAAAUCUCUUUAGAAUCAAACUUUUUGCAUGGAAGCAUCACUGAGGAUUUGAAGAAUUGCACAAACUUGAAGUACUUGGAUUUGGGUGGAAAUUUAUUCACAGGAACAUUUCCUGAGUUUUCAUCUUUGAAUAAAUUAAAGUACUUGAAUCUAAAUGCAAGUGGAAUUUCUGGGAACUUUCCAUGGAAAUCAUUGGAAAAUCUAACAACUCUCACUUUCUUAAGCCUUGGUGAUAAUCUCUUGGAAAAAAGCAAUUUUCCUUUGGAGAUUUUAAAGCUUGAAAAAUUGUAUUGGCUUUAUCUAACUAAUUGCAGCAUUUUUGGAAAUAUUCCAAUUGGUAUUGGAAAUCUAACUCAGCUUCAAAAUCUUGAACUUUCUGACAACAAUUUAUCAGGUGAAAUUCCAGCUGAUAUUGGAAAGCUUCAAAAUUUAAGGCAACUUGAGAUAUAUGAUAAUUACUUGAGUGGAAAAAUUCCAAUUGGAUUUGGAAACCUUACAAAUCUUGCUCAAUUUGAUGCUUCUAAUAAUCACCUUGAAGGUGAUCUUUCUGAGCUAAGGUCCUUAAAAAAUAUUGAAUCUUUGCAGCUUUUUCAGAACAAAUUCUCAGGUGAGAUUCCACAAGAGUUUGGUGAUUUUAAGAAUCUUACAGAACUUUCUCUUUAUGAUAACAAACUCAGUGGUGUUCUUCCACAAAAGCUUGGUUCCUGGAUAGGAAUGGAAUUCAUAGAUGUUUCAGAUAAUUCACUUUCUGGUCCUAUACCGCCUGAUAUGUGCAAGAACAAUCAAAUAACUGAGAUAGCAAUGUUGAAUAACAGUUUCACAGGAAGUAUACCAGAAAAUUAUGCAAAUUGCACAGCUUUGGUUCGUUUUAGAUUAACAAAGAAUUCACUUUCAGGUGUUGUUCCUUCAGGUAUAUGGGGUCUUCCAAAUUUGGAGCUUUUUGAUCUUGGAAGGAACCAAUUUGAAGGUUCAAUUUCAUCUGAUAUUGGAAAAGCUAAAUCUUUAGCUCAAUUGUUUUUAUCUGAGAAUCAGUUUUCAGGUGAGUUACCAAUGAAAAUCUCAGAAGCUUCUUCUUUGGUAUCGAUUCAGUUAAGUUCGAAUCAAAUUUCGGGUCAAAUACCAGAAACUAUUGGAAAAUUGAAGAAACUAACUAAUCUUAGUUUGAAUAAGAACAAUCUUUCUGGUGUUUUACCAGAUUCUAUUGGUUCUUGUGUUUCUCUUACUGAAAUUAACCUUGCUGAUAACUCUAUUUCUGGUGUGAUUCCAACUAGUAUUGGUUCUUUGCCUACCCUUAAUUCAUUGAACUUUUCUUCAAACAAUUUUUCUGGUGAGAUUCCAUCAAGUUUAUCAUCUCUUAGACUUAGCCUUCUUGAUUUAUCAAACAACCAGUUAUUUGGUUCCAUACCAGAAUCACUAGCUAUAUCAGCUUUCAAAGAUGGUUUCAUUGGAAAUCCUGGUUUAUGCAGCCAGAUUUUGAAAGAAUUUCAACCAUGUUCCUUGGAAUAUCACGGCUCGAGGCGUAUUCGAAACCUUAUAUUACUUCUCAUUGCUGGUUUAAUGGUACUUCUGAUUGUUUCAUCAGCAUAUUUCCUCUUCGUGAGACUGAAACAGAAGAACAAGUUUGAGAAGCCGGUAUUGAAGACAAAUUCUUGGAAUUUCAAGCAAUACCAUGUACUAAACAUCAAUGAGAAUGAAAUUAUUGAAGGGAUUAAAGCUGAGAAUUUGAUUGGAAAAGGAGGGUCAGGGAAUGUUUACAAGGUUGUUCUUAAAAGUGGUGAAAUAUUUGCUGUCAAACACAUUUGGACUUCAAAUCAAAGUGAUUACAGAAGCAGUUCAGCUAUGCUGAAAAGGAGUUCAAGAUCACCUGAGUAUGAUGCUGAGGUGGCAACAUUGAGUUCUAUAAGGCAUGUGAAUGUGGUGAAACUUUAUUGUAGCAUCACAAGUGAAGAUAGUAGUUUGCUAGUUUAUGAGUUUUUACCAAAUGGGAGUUUGUGGGAGAGGUUGCAUACAUGUAAGAAGACUCAAAUGAUGUGGGAGGUUAGGUAUGAGAUUGCAUUAGGUGCUGCUAGAGGAUUGGAGUAUUUGCAUCAUGGUUGUGAUAGAGCUGUUAUGCAUAGAGAUGUUAAAUCAAGUAAUAUAUUGCUUGAUGAGGAAUGGAAGCCAAGGAUUGCUGAUUUUGGACUUGCUAAGAUUGUGCAGGGUGGAGGUGGCAAUUGGUCUCAUGGCAUUGCUGGAACACUUGGCUACAUGGCUCCUGAAUAUGCCUACACAUGUAAGGUGACAGAAAAGAGUGAUGUUUACAGCUUUGGAGUAGUACUGAUGGAGUUGGUAACAGGGAAGAGACCUGUGGAACCAGAGUUUGGAGAGAAUAAGGAUAUUGUAGGUUGGGUAUGCAGUAAUAUUAGGAGCAAAGAAAGUGCUUUUGAAUUAGUGGAUUCUACCAUUUCAAAAAAAUUCAAAGAAGAUGCCAUUAAGGUGUUGAGAAUCGCGGUGUUGUGCACGACGAAAACUCCAUCUUCUAGACCAUCAAUGAGAAUGUUGGUUCAAAUGCUGGAAGAGGCAGAACCAUGUGCUCCAACAAAAGUGACUGUCACCAUUGAUGGUUAAACAUGUUACAAGUUUUCUGUCAGCUGCAGUGCACACAUUUUUCCUCCAUGUUGAGCUAAGAAACACAUAAAGUGAGGCAGUGAAAGAAUGAUAAAAUAGUAAAUACUAGUAAGUGAAUGAACCAUGACACUCUAUAGUUUGUAGUAUGGUGUAACAGUUGUAGGGACUUAGAUUUAAAGAGAGAUAGUUUCUCUCUAACAGUUCCUAUAACUACUACAUAUUACAACACAAUUUCGUAAAUGUAUAUGUAGUAGCAUCUUAGAGACUUUAGUCCUAUGUGGUAAACUUAUUUGGCAUUAAGACAUGAUCUUGUGGAAAUUUAUCAUUUUAUUUGGUAAAAUUUUCCAAAUGUCUUUCUCAUUGAGCAA